AUGGGCUGCGAAAUCAAUGAGGAGUCAAGUGGACGAAUUGAUGACGAAGCUGGCCACCUCGUUCGGAGACGCUCCAUAGCCACGGAAGCACAUGGUGAGGAAAACACUGGCGUAGAGCCGCCAGUCCGCGUGCCAAGAAACGAAAGAUGGGCGACCGAAACUCCCGAGGUCAAUCUACAGCGGACGGUCAAGUCCAUCUUAUCUACUGUCUACCAGCGAAUCGACAGUCGCGUUUUUGAAGAAGUCUUUAAAGCGCAAAGCGUGGCCGAGGCGCAUAAUUAUGACGGGAAGACCUCACCGAGUGACUUUUCACGGCAGUAG